UGAAACUUUAGCAAAAGGACCAAAUAUCCAGAUGGACUGAACAUUAAGGAUCAAAAGACUAAUUGACCGGUCUUUUUCCCAAUGUUUACAAGGAUAUUCCCAAAAGAUGGAACAAAAAUUCUUCGAAAUCAUCAUCUGAACUGAGCAUCAUCACCAUGCGUAAUCAUAGAAUUCGACUAGCUCAUCAAUCUUCGACAAAAUUAACGUUUAUUUAUUGACUCAAAACCCAUGACAGCAUUAUACUGGAAUCUUAUCUAGUUAUCCUCCAAUUAAUCAUCAGCAUAUUCUCAGAACAUCCCACUUAAUUUGCUUCCCAGCUCUGUAAUAUAACCUGUUCUAAAAAAACGAAGAAGAAGGAGAAGAAGACAACGAAGACAAAAGGGCCCACCUAAGCCAUGGCUUCCUCAUCAGGUGCAGUCCCUUUUAUCUUCUUGUUGCUGCUUGUUGGCUGUGCUGCAAGACCUCUUUACCCGCUUCCCAGUCGUAGAAAUGAUAGAACCAAGCGCCCUUUACAAACUUUUCGACCUUACAACCUUGCACAUCGAGGGUCUAAUGGUGAAAUACCUGAAGAGACUAGGCCUGCAUAUUUGAGAGCAAUUGAAGAGGGUGCAGACUUUAUAGAGACAGAUAUUUUAGCGUCCAAAGACGGUGCACUUAUAUGCUUCCAUGAUCUUACUCUGGAUGUUACAACUGACAUAGCUAAACACCAGGAGUUUGCUGAUCGAAAGAGAACUUACGAAGUUCAAGGCGCAAAUAUGACUGGCUAUUUUGUUGUUGAUUUCACGUUAAAGGAGCUGAAGUCAUUGCGUGUGAUUCAAAGAUAUCCUUUCAGGGAUCAACAAUACAAUGGAAAAUUCCCAAUAAUUACCUUUGAAGAAUUCAUAACGAUUGCAUUAGAAGCUCCCAGAGUAGUUGGAAUAUAUCCAGAAAUAAAAAAUCCUGUUUUUAUCAACCAACGUGUGAAAUGGCCAGGCGGUAAAAAAUUCGAGGACAAGUUUGUCGAGAUGCUAGAUAAGUACGGCUACAAGGGAACUUACAUGUCGGAACAAUGGUUAAAGAAGCCUGCAUUUAUUCAGUCUUUUGCCCCAACGUCUCUUAUAUAUGUAUCAAACUUCACGGACCUGCCUAAGAUCCUCCUAAUUGAUGAUACUACUAUGCCUACCCAGGAUACUAAUCAGUCGUAUUGGGAAAUCACUUCUGACAAGUACUUUGACUUCAUCAAAGAUUACGUGGUAGGGAUUGGACCUUGGAAGGACACCAUAGUUCCCGUAUCCAACAAUUAUCUCCAAACGCCCUCUGAUCUUGUUACUAGAGCUCAUAAUUAUAACCUUCAGGUAUGUUUACCAAAUUUAAUAUGAAACUUUUGUUCUCUAAGAUCUCCUUUUACUGGACAAGAGUCUAUAGUAUGCUGUAAAUGUCAUCUGAUUCGGACGAAGAAAACUGAACAUUUCGUGCUUCAGUAAAAUUGUGUAGGAUGGAUGAGAUAUUGAGAUGAUUGUGUCUCUGGUACUAGUGUCCAAGGACCUUGUUUCUUUGCUUUGUUCUGAGUGAAUACUGAUUCGGAGAGGAAUGAUGUGGCAUGGAUAAAAGUUGUAAUCACUCUUAUUAUGUUACAAAAUAUAGGAUUGUAAUUUGGUUAUUUUGUCUUCUUACUAUAUCCUCCAGUCUCUCCUUCAUCUCAUGGUCAGAACAUUAGCUCAGUCCAAGAAAUGAUUAAUGGUAACCCUGUAAACGACAAUCUACUUCUGAGAACUCUUCCUUCUCUUUCUCUCUCUCUCUCUCUCUCUUUUCUUUUCUUUUUUUUUUUUUCUUUUCCCCAAACUGAAUCACGCUUAAACAGUUAGCACUAUUCUUGCAUCAGCAGCGGUACCUCUUGUUAUCGAUGUUGCUUUGUACACAAAAUGUAUCUCCUGAUAAUCUUUAUGAUGCAGCAAGGUGCAUUUCAUAUGAUUCUUGUUCUGAAAUGCUCUCUUUCUUCAUCUCAGGUACAUCCAUACACUUUUAGGAACGAGAACUCGUACUUGCAUUUCAACUUUAGUCAAGAUCCUUACAAUGAGUAUGAGUUCUGGAUCAAGAAGAUUGGGGUUGAUGGAAUCUUCACAGAUUUCACUGGAAGUUUCCAUCAGUAUCAAGAAUGGAGCACCCCAUACCCAUCUGGAGAGCAGGGUGCAACAGAAUUACUAGAGAAGAUUGCCCUGAUGAUAUCUCAAUAUACAAGUUCAUAGCUCAUUUUUCUUGCCAUUUGUUAGUCCAUUCUUUUCCAAAAAAAAAAAAUGCUAGGUUGAACUUACCCAUCGUUGUAUAUCAUUCACCUGAGGUCGUAAAUGUAAGCAAAAGCCUGGCGCAAUUGACAGAUGUAAAAGUGUAUUUUCUCAGUCAAGCGUCUUGGACAAAAGGCUUCAUUUUACUACUAUGAAAUGAGAUCGAAACCAAUCUUCCAAAAUUAUAUCUAGCGGGAGUAUUUUGUCAAAUAUAG